CAUCGACCUCUUCAUAUACGUUUGGCCAGCAAGUUCGUCUAAGUUUCAUCUCACAGCCGGGAUAUAAACCAAACCACGUUUGAGAUUGUCUUUGAGAUCUUCACUACCGCUGUGGACUGGGCUGCUUUACAGCAGAGCGCUUCCUGAGCCGUCGUUGACACCUCAAGGUCGCCAAAAUACGAUGAUCUCCUGUUGACUGAAAAGAUCAGAUCUACAGAAACUGAUCCCAGAUGGACCAUGAUGGAGGAAGAUAAUCAGCCCCACGAACGGGGAGGCACUGAGCCUUUCCCAGAUAUCAUGAACGACCCUGCCUAUGCGACGAAUAGCGACGCGAAAUUCAGAGGAUUAGAAGAACCUGAUACUUGUCGGAUAUGUCGUGGGGAGGGGUCAGAGGAAGAACCGCUGUUCUACCCUUGCAAAUGCAGUGGGAGUAUCAAGUUUGUCCACCAGGCCUGUUUGAUGGAAUGGCUGUCGCACUCACAGAAGAAAUACUGUGAGCUAUGCAAGACGCCUUUCCGCUUCACCAAGCUAUAUGACCCCAAUAUGCCACAAGAACUACCUGCCCCGGUUUUCUUGAAGGAGCUGGUGCUACACGGAGGUCGGACACUUGUCACUUGGCUACGGUUUCUUCUAGUCGCCUUCGUUUGGCUUGGAUGGCUGCCUUGGUCGAUGCGAGCGAUUUGGCGUGCCCUUUUUUGGCUUGCAGACGGACAUUGGCCAAACAGUGAAACGCUGCAGCGGCAGGCACUUCAGAAUGAAGGGAAUACUUUGAGUCAAUUAGCAGCGAACAGCACUAUUCGAGCGGAGCAGACACUGAUUUCCAGUGCAUCUGGGGUCUCUACAGCUGUGCAAGGUACUUCAAGUGCCUCGCCGUCUCUGCUUUCCCCUGUUUCUUCUAUGCUCAACUUUUCUGCCGGUGAACCUUUUAUUCUUAGUCUCGCCAAAAGAGCCUUUAUCGGCUUAUUUCCGCCAGCAAUUUCGUCUUCCGGAAGCUCUUUCAAUUCCAGUGAUGUAAAUGUGACUGUGUCUUCCCACCGUCAAAGACAACCUUCCUGGCUCUCUGAUGUUACGUUCUUGAAUUCUCUGACACCGUCGCCGACAUUCAAUAAUAUCUUGAUAGAUACCCUGGAAGGGCAACUUAUUACGCUUCUGGUGGUUAUUUCUUUUAUUCUGGUGUUCCUGAUACGGGAAUGGGUUGUCCAGCAACAGCCAGCUGUUAAUAUCGCCGAAGGAGAACGGGAAGCAGCUGUCCAAUUGAUUGCUGAAAAUCGCCUGAACCAGGGAGCUCGUUUUCCACCACAACAGGAGCCACUAUUGCAAGUGGAAGACGAGAAUAAUAUCGAGCAACACGAUCAUGACGAGUCUGAUGAAGAGCCUCACGUUCCUGAUGCGACGGAAACCGGCUCCUCGGGGCCAAAUUCGUUUCAGAACGACAAUGGGGCUCAUGGAGAGGCAUCUUCGUCUUUCGAUGAGGGAACUAUGCGCUUCGGAAACUUACCACUUGAAACAUAUACGUCUCGACCUAUUAUACAAUCACGUAACGCCAUGGAUGAUGCUUCCAGUAUUCAUCGUACUCUUGAGGAGACAGCUGCUACUCCGGGUAAUCAAGUGUGGCCCGGACUUGAAAUAUUCAAGGACCUAUGGACUCGUGGUGGAGGAAAUCCAGAUGAAGUCUUAAGGAUUAUCGAAGAGGAGAAUCGCCAGGACGAGCUCGGGUGGAUUGUCUCAGCGAUGACAAGAUUACAGAGGAGCAACACAGAGCACAGUCCCUUCGAUGAAGGUACAGAGACUCUAGGGCCAAAUCUGGGAAGGGCCGACGCUUUCGGCAGUUCGCUACAGGACCGAGUCCAUCAAGGUGGCUCAGAUACUGUUGACGCCGAUAUACCCGGACCAACUAAUGACGUGCCAUUCUGGAGCAGCAGACAAGAUGCAGUACCUUCUUCAUCCUUGCUAGCUCGAGAGGCAGACGUUCUGGCCCCGGAGUCCAACUUUCGGUUUUCUUCCAGAAACUCUAGCGUCUCAUCUAGCAUCAUGAACAGAGACACUUCUGGCGUUCUAGGCGGGGAGAUACCUUUCGAGAUAGAAGAUAUGGGCGAGGGACGUUCUCCUGGAGCACCCGGAGAGCUCGCCCAGCAACAACGUGAAACUUCUAACGAUGGUGCUGCUAAUAAUGCAACCAAUAACAGAGAGACAGAAAUCCCAGCCAACAGAGUCUCAGGUGACGCUGUUUCUCAGCCGACAACUGCUGAUACUCCCGCUCAUCCACCGCGAAAUCUCUCUGAGAAGAUCACAGAUUGGCUGUGGGGUGACGUUGCUCCCUCCGAUCAAGCUCAAGAACAUGACCGGAAUGAUGUCCAUGUUGAGGACAUUGCUGGAGAAGGGCCGUUCGUUCAUGCAGCCAACCGAGACAAUGCUGCCCAACAAGAUCUGCAAGGUCAAAACCAGUGGCAGGAUCAAGUGGUCGAUGCUGGUUUGGAGCAGAACGACGUCGAUGCCGUCGAGGAUGGCGAUGAGUUAGAAGGAAUCAUGGAACUGAUCGGCAUGCAGGGUCCCAUCUUCGGGCUUCUGCAGAAUGGCGUCUUCAGUGCGGUUCUUAUCUCACUGACUGUCGCCAUCGGCAUUUGGCUUCCGUACCUAUGGGGUAAGAUUGCACUGGUUUUCUUGACCAAUCCGAUUCAACUGUUCAUUGGCGUUCCCUUGGCUCUUCUCUCUAUCAUCGCAGAUGUCACGGUUGAUACUCUCAUCGGCAGCUUUGGGUACCUCGUCUACUGGAUCAGUAUCGUCCUGAGAGGUCUCCUAGGCCCCGUGGGAAAUAUGGUGCCUCUAGUUGAAUGGGUUCCCCGCAAUACGUCUGUCACGAGUGCCUCUCUAUCGCUCAUUGAUGGGAGCAGUCAGCGUCUCAAAAGAGUGGUGGAUGGUUUCUUCACUUUCCACGAAUCUGACCUUCCCAUGUUUUCCGUUCUGUCCCAUCAGGCCUUGCGGAUCCAUGAAGCGCGGAUUGUUGGUUUCUUCGAGACAAUCUUUCUUGCUGGAAAGUUCAUAAUGUACGAUUUCCCUCUGCGCGUCAUGUCGCAGGGGCUGCACCAAGCAUUAGUAUCCGAAUUUCCUACGGUGGAUUUAUCAUCUAUGCUUGCCAACAUCCAACAGAUCCCGAAGACGCUUGGAACUUUUGAUCUCUUCUCUUUGUCAGGUCUGAAAUGGGUCAAUCUCAGGGUACCUGGUAGCGGGCCCGUUCAAGGUCCAGUUGACUACGAUUUGGCUCGCUGGGACACCAAAGACCGUACUGUUGCAAUCAUCGUUGGCUAUGGCUUUGCUACUGCCCUGGGUCUUCUGUAUCUUCGGCUCACUGGACUCUUUUCUGGAGUCAACAGAGGCCAGAGGAUUGAAGGAGUUAUCGCGGACAUCCUUCAUCAAGCGGGAGGGGUGAUGAAGGUCAUUCUGAUCAUUGGCAUUGAAAUGAUUGUGUUCCCGUUGUAUUGCGGCACACUACUUGAUGUCGCCUUAAUGCCAUUGUUUGAGAAUGCCUCCCUGAAGUCCCGCUUGGAAUUCACAUCCGCCUCUCCUGUAACGUCGCUCUUUGUCCAUUGGUUCAUAGGGACCUGCUACAUGUUUCAUUUCGCUCUCUUUGUCUCGAUGUGUCGCAAAAUCAUGAGGAGCGGUGUUCUCUACUUCAUCCGUGACCCUGAUGAUCCUACUUUCCAUCCGGUGCGAGAUGUCCUCGAGCGCAAUAUCUCAACACAGCUUCGUAAGAUUGCGUUCAGUGCCUUGGUCUACGGUGCCCUUGUUAUUGUCUGUUUGGGAGGAGUUGUAUGGGGUCUUUCCUACUCCUGUGCCGGUGUACUCCCCAUCCACUGGUCCUCAAAUGUCCCGUUCCUCGAAUUCCCUGUGGAUUUACUUUUCUACAACUUCGUCAUGCCAUUUGCUAUCCGUUCAGUGAAGCCCUCCGAUGGCUUGCACACGAUGUAUAAUUGGUGGUUCCAUCAAUGUGCGCGGAUGUUGCGGUUGACCAACUUCCUCUUUGGGGGCGAGAGACGACCAGAUGAGGAAGGCCGACAUGUGAGACGGAGCUGGCGUGCUGUGCUGCUGGGGAAGAAGGGCGAUCCAAAAAACCCGGUUAUCGGCGAAGAUCAAAAGGCUUUGGUUGAGGAGAAGGGCGUAGAUGCCUACUUCUUGCGCAACGGAAGGUUUGUGCGCGCUCCAGGUUCGGAUCAGGUUCGAAUCCCAAAGGGCGCGCAGGUAUUCUUAGAAGUGACCGAAGACAACAAACGCAAGGACGGGGCCGCUGAUCCGGACGACGGGCUACACGGCCGCACGAGCGACAUGUUUACGCAAGUCUACAUCCCUCCCUUCUUUAGACUCCGAGUGGCAUUCUUUCUCUUCCUGAUCUGGGUGUUUGCCGCCGUUACAGGCGUAAGCAUCACCAUUGUGCCUUUAGUCACUGGUCGAAAGCUCAUAUCGACUUUCUUCCCAAGCCCUGUCCGCGUCAACGAUAUCUACGCUUUCUCUGUGGGUCUGUACGUGGUCGGUGGUGCUGUAUAUGGUCUGGUCUACUGCCGGUCCGGAGUUUCCCUGCUAAAGGAGCGCUUACACCCGUAUCUCAACUCCCCCCAACAGGCCACUCGUGCUGUCUAUGAGACACUGCUGUAUGCUACGAAGCUCAUAUACCUUGCAUCCGCAUUCGCUCUGCUGCUGCCGUCUCUUUUCGCUCUUGUGACGGAGCUGUAUAUUCUGGUACCCCUCCACACCUAUCUUGAAGAUGACCAGGCGCAUGUGAUCCAUUUUAUCCAAGACUGGACCCUCGGCGUCCUCUACGUUCAGAUGGCCCUCCGGUUCACUUUGUGGCACUCCAGCUCGCGCCCAGCCAUUGCACUGAACGCGGUCAGCCGUGGCGGUUGGCGGCAACCCCAGGUCGGUUUGGCCACGCGGGCCCUAAUCCUUCCCAUCUCUGUUCUUACCUUCCUGGCUGUGACUGUGCCACUUGUGUUGGGCUUCAUCGUGAACCGUAUCUUCUUUUACUCGGCGGCGAGCGAACUUCAGGCCAAGGUAUACCGGUACGCGUAUCCUACGACCCUCUUGGUCGGGUUGCUAGUAUGGUCCUUCUACCUGCUUCGCCGGCAGAUCGAAGCCUGGCGCGUCAACAUCCGGGACGAUGUCUACCUGAUCGGUGAGCGACUGCACAAUUUUGGGGAGAAACGUGCUCGCGACGUCGGUGUACCUCGUCGCAUGAUCACAUGAUACACAGUAUACUGUGUCAGCUGGCUUGCUCUCUUGUAUUCAUUUGUAGAUUAGAAUGAUUCAUGAAACUUUAUUAUUUGAUUUGCUGUCUUGAUUCCUUUUACUAGCAUAAUACAUAAGAGACUGCCACAAACCAAACACUUACCCGGGAUCUCGGUGUCGAUAGGCCAAGAAGACUGCAAUAAUAACUACACUUAGGCGUGGGAACGCCAACACGGUGUUAUUAUCCAGCGGUUCCUGGAGAUACACUCUGUCCUGACACAUCAGAGAGUCGAUAAAAAUUGUAGU